GGGGUUGGAGGAGAAGGGGGCCAGCCGGCUGCCGGAAUUCAGCCUCUGGGCUGGGGGCUGUCACCAAGGAAAAGUUUUCCUUUUUGAAGACGGACUGGUGAUCCCUCCACCCCAUCCCUCCCAUUGCACUUCUUAAAGGGAUCACAGCGCUUUUCCCUUUGACUCCAUGGAAGCCAGGUUGGGCACACUCCGUGGAGACUUCGAACCUUUCCUUCCCACUUCCUCCUCGGCUGGCAGCCUUCCUCUGGCCGACUGAGUGGGGGCCUCCCAGGCAUGGCACUGACCGCCCGACCCAGUGCUGACUUGGCUCCUGGGUUCCUGCAGCCUAAGUUGGCAUCUCGCUUCCCCCCUCCCGGGGCGCGGUGAGUCAAGGGGGCGCCCAGCCCUGAGCUGCUUGGAGAGAGUUGCUGGCACCCCCUCUCCCCAUCACCUUCUCCCCCAAAGCUGGAGAACGGUGAGGAGGUCGGGGGCUACGAUGAGAUGAGCGGGGGUCGCUUUGACUUUGAUGAUGGCGGGGCGUACUGCGGGGGCUGGGAGGGGGGCAAGGCGCACGGGCACGGCCUGUGCACGGGCCCCAAGGGCCAGGGUGAAUACUCGGGCUCCUGGAACUUUGGCUUUGAAGUGGCGGGUGUCUACACCUGGCCCAGCGGAAACACCUUCGAGGGAUACUGGAGCCAGGGCAAACGGCACGGGCUGGGCAUAGAGACCAAGGGACGCUGGCUCUACAAGGGCGAGUGGACACACGGCUUCAAGGGACGCUACGGGACUCGGCAGAGCAGCAGCAGCGGUGCCAAGUAUGAGGGCACUUGGAACAACGGCCUGCAGGACGGCUAUGGCACCGAGACCUACGCGGAUGGAGGAACGUACCAAGGCCAGUUCACCAACGGCAUGCGCCACGGCUACGGCGUGCGCCAGAGCGUGCCCUACGGGAUGGCCGUGGUGGUGCGCUCGCCGCUUCGCACCUCGCUCUCGUCCCUGCGCAGCGAGCACAGCAACGGCACGCUGGCCCCGGACUCGCCCACCUCGCCGGCCGCCGACGGCCCCGCGCUGCCCGGGCCGGCCAUCCCGCGCGGCGGCUUCGCGCUCAGCCUGCUGGCCAACGCCGAGGCGGUGGCGCGGGCGGCCAAGGGCGGCGGCCUGUUCCAGCGGGGUGCGCUGCUGGGGAAGCUGCGCCGCGCCGAGUCGCGCACGUCCCUGGGCAGCCAGCGCAGCCGCGUCAGCUUCCUCAAGAGCGACCUCAGCUCGGGCGCCAGCGACGCCGCGUCCACCGGCAGCCUGGCCGAGGGCGCCGACGAGGCCGCGCCCUUCGAGGCCGACAUCGACGCCACCACCACCGAGACCUACAUGGGCGAGUGGAAGAACGACAAGCGCUCGGGCUUCGGCGUGAGCGAGCGCUCCAGCGGCCUCCGCUACGAGGGCGAGUGGCUGGACAACCUGCGCCACGGCUACGGCUGCACCACGCUGCCCGACGGCCGCCGCGAGGAGGGCAAGUACCGCCACAACGUGCUGGUCAAGGGCACCAAGCGCCGCGUGCUGCCGCUCAAGAGCAGCAAGGUCCGCCAGAAAGUGGACCACAGCGUGGAGGGCGCCCAGCGCGCCGCCGCCAUCGCGCGCCAGAAGGCCGAGAUCGCCGCCUCCAGGACAAGCCACGCCAAGGCCAAAGCUGAGGCAGCAGAACAGGCUGCCCUGGCUGCCAACCAAGAGUCCAACAUUGCCCGCACUUUGGCCAGGGAGCUGGCUCCAGACUUCUACCAGCCAGGUCCCGAGUAUCAGAAGCGCCGGCUGCUCCAGGAGAUCCUGGAGAAUUCGGAGAGCCUGCUGGAUUCCCCCGACCGGGGCCCCAGCGCCGCGGGCCUCCCGGAACGGCUCCGCGAGAGCCCGGAGCUGCACGAACGGGAGACCCCGACGCCCGAGAGCCCCGCCAAGCUGGAGCCCAAGCCCAUCGUGCCCAAGGCCGAGCCCAAGGUCAAGGCCCGCAAGACGGAGGCCCGAGGGCUGACCAAGGCUGGGGCCAAGAAGAAGGCUCGGAAGGAGGCCGCGGCGGCGGCCGAGGUCGAGGUGGAGGAGGUCCCCAACACCGUCCUCAUCUGCAUGGUGAUCCUGCUGAACAUCGGCCUGGCCAUCCUCUUCGUUCACCUCCUGACCUGACCUCGUCUUCCAGAGCCAGGAGUUCCUGCUGAGGACGCAUGGACCCAUCUUUCGCAGUGCCAGGCAGGGUGGCUGAGGAGGACUUGACCUGGAUGCUGGGGGUCCACUUGCAUCCACACCACAAACGUUUAAGGAGGCUUCCCGUGGCACCUGUGCCCAGAUGCAGGCGGUGCCCAGAGGAAGAGAAAAGUGCUGGGCACCCUCCAGGAGCUCUCUGCCCAGCGGCAGGGAAAGCCCUGAAAGAAGAACCCUGGUCUUGAACUCCCCGAUCUGCUCCAUCCCCCAUCCCCAUCCACUCCCUUGCCUCCAUCCCUCCCCUAGGUCACCCCCAUCCCAGGCUUUUUUUUGUGUUUUGGGAGAAGUCACCAAACCAGGAUGUUAAAUCCCAGCCCCCUCCUUCGUAUCCUCCCUGGCUUUAUUUUAAACUUCUGAGGCCUCUCAGGCAAGCGGAGGAAGUGACGAGAUCCUCAGAUCCUCGUGGUGGGCCACGGAGGGUGAUGCUCUCAGCCCACCAGGCCUUCCUGUUUCAGUCCUGACCCCUCCCACACUCUGUCCCUUGCUUCCAGAUGCUCAGGAUGACAAUAGAGGAAAUGGACGUCUUCUGUUUGAAUAUCCCAGAAUACAGUGCUUCUGUCUCCUCCCAGCGGUCCAGUUAGCUUCCCUCUGGACCAGCAGGAGAGGGGGAGACGAGAGGGUUUGGGACCUUUGGCUGGGAAGCCACUGACCAGGUGGCCAGGGAGUGGGGGGGGGUGUGUGGGGAGAAGGGCUGAGGGGCAGUUAGGAUGGCCCUGUUUCUGAGGGCGCCUGAGCCUGAGGCUGGCAUCACACGUUGGGGCUUUGAGGAUACUGAGGGUGAGGAGAGGUCGCCCUGCAGGAGCCAUGGGGCCGGGGAGAUAAAGCCCCAGGGAUGCCCCGGGAACUGGUUUGUCUGCUUCUGUCGGGGUGGGAUGGGGCGGGUGCUGAGCAUGAAAGCCCAGACAGAUUUCGCUGGGGCAGACUCUCAGGCCCAUGCUGAAGACAGGCUGCUUGUCAGCCAGCGUAUCCCAGGGAGAGGGGAGCAGGUGUGGGGCUCCCGCUGGGCUGUGAUAAGCUCCUCGGCUUGCUUGGCAAGAGCCGGUCUUUGCAUGUAGCCCCUUUCUGAUGUGCUGUGUACCAUGCUGGAUUCCCGGUCCCUGGUGCUGGCUGGGGGUGGGUGGGGGCUGAGGGCUGUGGCCUCGGCCCGGGGAAGGAUCGAGGGCCAGUGGUCCAGGCCCCUUUGAGCCGGGGGAAGGACGUGACCAGGACAAACCAAGCUGGAGGGGAGCAGCUGCUUUUCUGUCUUUGGUCCUCUGCUCCUUGGGGCGGGGGUAGUUUGGCCUCCCCACCCGGGCUUGCUCUUUGAUUUGAAGAUUGUUUCUGAUGGGGUCAGCUUUCCCUUCGUCCCUCAAUACUUGGGAACCUUCCCUCUGGCUCCACACUUACUGUUUCGAGCACCGCUGGGGCCUCGAGGUUGUUGGAUUGCAUUUCUGCCGAGAGGAGCUUGUGGGUUCUGCCGUCCUCCAGGGGAUCCACCAUCGUGUGUGGGCUUUUCUGGACUCUUAGGGCAAGAGAGAGGUGGGCUGGGGGCGCUGCUCAGGGGAGACGGGCUCCAGGCCUGGGCUCUGAGGUCGCUGUCCCGGGUUUUUGGUCUGGCUCAGGGUUGGGGAUAAGCCUCUGGCUGCCAGGGCUCCUGGGUGGGGCCUUGUUUGGGGGUUGUUAUUUGGGGUGAAGGUUCAGGAAGCUGCCGUCUAUGCAAUAAUAAACUUGCAUCUGCUCACAG